AUGGUUGUUUAUUGCAAUGGACUUCUGAUCUUCCUCUUCUUGCUAGCCGCUCAGCGAUUUCAUGAAACCUAUGGAUUCACUUCUUAUCCAAUCACAACCAAAAAGUCUUGCUUCCAAUGCAGCCAUCUUUCCGUUUCGAGCUUGGAGGAUCAUGACGAGUCAUUUCUGACCAGCGAAACAACUGGAAAGAGGGCCAACGGGGCGUUUCGAGAAGUUAUGGCCUUGAUCAUAGCACGCUAUGGCGACGAGUGCGACUGUAGAAGAACCAAAAUGUACAUCUAUCGGGCAAAGGAGCUGUCCAUAACAUCAGUAACUGGAGUUCUCGACUUUCUGGAAGCUUUCUUGCCGCGAGAAAGUGUACAGCAACUACUGAUUGAAAGCCCGCGCAUAUUGAACAAAUCGGUAGACUCAUACUUGAGACCAACAGCAGACUUCUUAUUGAAUCUUUGGGGCGAAGAACUUUUCAAUCAAGCAAUGGAACGCAAUCCACAGCUUCUCCUUACCAGUGGUAUUGGCUACAACAAUAAGGCCAACCCUGGAUCAAGCAAAAAGAAAAAUCUGUCAGUAGACAACGUAUUGAUAGAGACGGUAGAUUUAUCUGAAGCCCAGUUGAAAAAGUUGAGAAGACAGAGUCCAUUCGUUUUCAGUCUCGCCCCAAACAAGAUUAAAGAGGGGAUUCACUAUCUUUGUGAGAUACUAGAACCGAGUGGAAAUCCGAAACGGAUUCUACGCAAAAUGAUCAUGACAAAUCCUAACUUCCUCAAUCUCCACGUUCAUACAAAUCUAAGACCCAGAGUCGAAUAUCUCACCUCUACACUGCAGCUGAGUGCAAAAGAACUGCCCAAACUACUCAAGGCUGGCUCGGUAUUGGCACUGAGUGUUGAUCAGAACUUGAAACCAACGCUAGAAUACUUAAAAAACGAUUUGCUGUUGGAUGGGAACCUGAAAAAAUGUGUUUUAUCUCACCCAGCGCUUCUUGCACUUUCGCUCUCAAAUUUGCAGCGGAAAACAAAUGCCCUUAACUCAAUCAGUAAAGGGCUAGCUUCCAAAGUUGCUCGACGAUGUCCGUCAGUCUUUUCAUUGAGUUUGGAUGACAAUAUUUAUCCAACGGUGGAAUUCCUGGCGAGGGUUUGGGGAUGCCAAGAUGACAACACAAUCAUAGGUGCAUGGCUUCAAGAAUAUCCAAAUGUGCUCACAUUGAGUGUCGAAGGUAAUAUACAACCGACGAUGAACUUUUUCAACAGAACAGGCUACACUGUGCUAGACGACGAUUGGCAGCUAGUUAAAGGCAACAAGCGCAUACCAGGCAGAUACAUAGCUUCGUCGUUAUUUCAUCGACUGCUGCCUCGGUGGCACUAUUGCAUGAAAAAUGAUGUACCCAAACCACCACUUCAUAUAAUUGUUGGCUCAACUGAUGAAUCAUUCUGUCAAUAUCUGUCACUCGACAUCCAUCAAUUUGCAUUGUUUCAAAAAGAAGCAAGUCCGCGACUAAAGUUUUCUAGCCAAUUCGACACAUGGCUAAAAACUGGGCGACCUAUCGAUAUAUGA